ACCCUCACCCGGAUAUAUUCAUUUUCGCUUCUGGGUCGAGCAGUGUGUUGAGUAGUGUAUCUCGCAAUCACGUUGCCGGAGGCUGAACAGAGGUUCCAGGCGGUGUAACAAAAGAGUCGCUGACAUUUGGCGAUGUGCUGGUGCUGAGGACAUUUUGGGGUACAGUGACGCAGGCUCAAAGAAGUAUGAAGAACAGAGGUGGUGGCUGGCUGGACAGUCGGCUCAGACAGAGAGUGGAGCAGUAUCUGACAUCCUGCAACAGCGACUAUGUGGACCUUUCAGCCAUGGCCCUGGAACUUCAAAAACUAUACAGAAUGGAGUAUGGCAGAAGAAACAAGACAGCUUUCAGGAUUCAAGUAGAGAAAGUGUAUGAAGCAAUCGUGAAGGAGUCUGGGCUGAAUCAUCUGGAGAACAAAAACUUUGCUAAGAGAGCCAAGCACAGCCACAAUGAAGAUGGUGAAGGCAGCAGCAACUCAGAAGAGUCCUCUGACACUGAUGACCACAUCCCAGAGAACACUCCCACCAACCACAUGAACAGCUCUCUUACAUCUCUGUAUCGGAAGGGAAACCCUUACUCCGGCACAUGCUCACCCAGGAGAGAUGAGCUAGCUGCCAGCAGUCCUCUCAGCACAGCCCCCCCCCUCCCCAGUGCAGGGACGCUGGUUUCCACAGGAGGCUGGUUCAUUGAUAGAGGGAGAGGCCCUGAGAAGAGCAACAUCCUUAUCGACCUGUGUGACGAAGAGCCAACUAAUACAGCAACCAAUCCGACAGAUGUGUCCAUGCUGGAGCCUGAGAAAUCUCACAGAAAGUCUAAAAAAAGAACAAAGAGCUCACCUGAAACAACUGAGUCCCGCACCCUGAUCAAGAAAGCAAAAUCAAAGUCAACAGAGCUGCGGUAUACCAAUCUGAAGUUUGAAGAUUUUGGAGGUAAUGAAGACACAUUAACGGAAGUGUGUAAGCUGCUGAUUCACAUGCGUCACCCAGAGGUGUACCAGCAUCUGGGAAUGGUUCCUCCAAGGGGCUUCCUCCUCCAUGGACCUCCUGGCUGCGGAAAGACCCUGCUGGCCCAGGCUGUGGCUGGUGAGCUGCAACUGCCUUUGUUGAAGAUAUCUGCUCCGGAGCUGGUGUCUGGAGUGUCCGGGGAGUCUGAACAGAAGCUCAGAGAGCUGUUUGACUUGGCUGUGAGCUCUGCCCCAUGCAUCCUGUUCAUAGAUGAGAUAGAUGCCAUCACCCCUAAAAGAGAGGUGGCCUCUAAAGACAUGGAGAGGAGGAUUGUUGCCCAGUUGCUAACCUGCAUGGAUGACUUGAACAGUCUGACAGUGACAGCUCAGGUCCUGGUCAUUGGUGCCACCAACAGGCCAGACUCCCUGGACCCUGCCCUCCGUAGAGCUGGACGCUUUGACAGAGAGAUCUGCCUGGGUAUCCCUGAUGAAGCAGCUCGUCUCAGGAUCUUGAAAACGUUGUGUCGAAAGCUAAAGCUGUCAGAGGACUUUGACUACCAGCAGCUGGCCCGUCUCACCCCAGGCUAUGUGGGCGCUGACCUCAUGGCUCUGUGCCGCGAAGCUGCCAUGAGUGCUGUAAACAGGGUUCUGCUGGAAAUAAGAGGAUGUUCACACAGCCAAAGCCGAAGCUGCACUGAAGAACUGAUAACAAGCAGAGUUCAGACUGAGGCUGCUGUGACAGACGGAGAGGUCAGAGAACAACAGACAACAGACAUUAACCCAGUAUCUCAGGACGAGUCGGGACAAAGUCACCUGCAGGAAGGGGAGCUUUGGCACUUCCUGCACCUUCUGAAGAACAGUGAGACCCUGUCAGAGGAAGAGAUGGCCAGUCUGUCCAUCCUCAUGUCAGACUUCCAGGCCUCCCUGGCCAGUGUACAGCCCUCAGCCAAGAGGGAGGGCUUCGCCACUGUGCCUGAUGUCACCUGGGAGAAUGUGGGAGCCCUGCAGGAUAUCAGAGAGGAGCUCACCAUGGCCAUACUGGCUCCUGUGCGUUCUCCAGAGCAGUUCAGAGCUCUCGGGCUAAAUGCUCCAUCUGGAGUACUGCUCGCUGGACCUCCAGGAUGUGGAAAAACACUGCUUGCCAAGGCAGUGGCCAAUGAGUCAGGCCUCAACUUCAUCUCUGUCAAAGGACCAGAGCUGCUCAACAUGUAUGUGGGAGAGAGUGAGCGAGCUGUCAGACAAGUCUUCCAGAGAGGGCGCAACUCAGCUCCUUGUGUCAUUUUCUUUGAUGAGAUUGAUGCUCUGUGUCCUCGCCGCUCAGGCCAUGAGUCAGGAGCCAGUGUGCGAGUGGUCAACCAGCUGCUCACAGAGAUGGACGGCUUAGAGACUCGACGACAGGUCUUCAUUAUGGCUGCAACCAACAGACCAGAUAUCAUUGACCCUGCCAUACUGAGGCCAGGUCGUCUAGAUAAAACCUUGUAUGUGGGUCUGCCACCUCCAGCAGAUCGCCAUGUCAUCCUGCUCACUAUUACAAAGGGCGGAACCAAACCUCAGAUGGAGCAGGAUGUCAGUCUUGAAGAGAUCGCUUUUGACAAGCGCUGUGAUUGCUUCACUGGAGCUGACCUGACUGCAUUAGUGAGGGAAGCAUCUGUUAAUGCCCUGAGGGCCUACAUUAAGUCCCCGAAUUCCCCAGCUUCGUCUUUUGGUCACGUAUACUCGUCUGGCUCUGUCAGUGACAUCAGAGUCAGCAAACAGAACUUUGAGGAUGCCUUCGAGAAAGUUCGUCCAUCUGUGUCCAAAAAGGACCAGAGGAUAUAUGAGCAGCUCCGAGAAUCCCUCAGCAGAUAACUGCAAGACCAGGACCACCGACCUCACCAGCAACAGUUCAGCUUUUUACUAUUCAAUAAUUAAAUGUACUAUACAGAAAGGUCCAUAACUAUUUGGAUGUUAAAUGAAGCCAUCUAGAUGUGAUUGAAGUGUAGACUUUCACUUUUAAUUCAAGGGGUUUCACAAAAAUAUUGCAUUUACUGUUUCAGAAUUGCAGCCACUUUUAUAGUCCCUCUUCUCCAGAGGCUCAAAAGUAACUGGACAAUUGACAAUUGAUCAGUUUCAUAACCAGGUGUGGCCUGUUCCCUUGUUAUUUCAAGACAGAUUAAGCAGAUAAAAAG